UUCUUGGUCAGAGUGAAAAAAUGGGAGGAGCAAUAGGACCUCGCAGACUUCACAGCACAGUUGGAUCAUAAAUGCGCCAUGAAUCCACAUGAGUAACGUUAGCUUGUUGCGAAAACGGAAUGUUCCUGCGCUGACAGCCCCAUGUCAAUAAAUUACAGACAGUAGCAUUUGAGAAAGAAAUCCCACAAUAUAUCGGGAAGCAAACCAAGAUGGAGUGCGAGUGGAAACCAGACGACCAAGGACUUCAGCAAAUUCUACAGCUUUUGAAAGAGUCCCAGUCUCCCGAUACGUCCACUCAAAGAUCCGUCCAGCAAAGACUGGAACAGCUCAACCAUUACCCAGACUUCAACAACUACUUGAUAUUUGUGCUCACAAAGUUGAAAUCAGAAGAUGAGCCGACCCGGUCUCUGAGUGGUCUGAUCCUGAAGAACAAUGUGAAGGCCCACUACCAGAACUUCCCCAAUGGAGUGUCUGACUUCAUCAAGAGCGAGUGUCUGCAGAACAUCGGAGACUCCUCACCCCUCAUACGGGCCACUGUGGGUAUCCUCAUUACUACCAUCGCCUCCAAAGGGGAGCUGCAGAACUGGCCUGAGCUGCUGCCCAAACUCUGCCUUCUGCUGGACUCUGAGGACUACAACACCUGUGAGGGGGCGUUUGGAGCUCUUCAGAAAAUCUGUGAGGACUCCGCAGAGGUCUUGGACAGUGACAUGUUGGACCGUCCGCUCAAUGUCAUGAUCCCAAAGUUCCUGCAGUUCUUCAAGCACAGCAGCCCCAAGAUCAGGUCUCAUGCCAUCGCCUGCGUCAACCAGUUCAUCAUAAGUAGGACCCAGGCCCUCAUGCUGCACAUCGAUGGCUUCAUUGAGAACCUAUUUGCCUUGGCGACUGAUGAAGAACCGGAGGUGAGGAAGAACGUGUGCAGAGCUCUGGUCAUGCUGCUGGAGGUCCGCAUGGACCGUCUCCUACCACACAUGCACAACAUUAUAGAGUACAUGCUGCAGAGGACUCAGGACCAGGAUGAGAAUGUGGCUCUGGAGGCCUGUGAGUUCUGGCUGACCCUGGCUGAACAGCCUGUAUGUAAGGACGUUCUGUGUAACCACCUCUCCAAGCUGACUCCGGUGCUUGUCAACGGGAUGAAGUACUCGGAGAUCGACAUCAUUCUGCUCAAGGGUGACGUGGAGGAGGAUGAUGAGGCCAUCCCUGACAACGAGCAGGACAUCAGGCCCAGGUUCCACCGCUCCCGUACGGUUGCCCAGCAAUACGAGGGUGACCGGGACGGGAUUGAGGAAGACGACGAUGAAGACGAUGACCUGGAAGAUGAUGACACCAUCUCUGACUGGAACCUCCGUAAGUGUUCAGCAGCGGCGUUGGAUGUGUUGGCUAACGUGUUCAGAGACGACCUGCUCCUCCCUAUCUUGCCUCUCCUCAAAGAGCUCCUCUUUCACCCAGAGUGGGUCAUCAAGGAGUCUGGAAUACUUGUUCUGGGGGCCAUCGCUGAGGGUUGUAUGCAGGGUAUGAUUGCCUACCUGCCAGAGCUCAUCCCCCACCUGGUGCAGUGUCUGAGUGAUAAGAAGGCCCUGGUGCGCUCCAUCACCUGCUGGACCCUGAGUCGGUAUGCCCACUGGGUGGUCAGUCAGCCACCUGACACCUACCUGAAGCCCCUGAUGACUGAGCUGCUCAAACGCAUCCUGGACUCCAACAAGAGGGUGCAGGAGGCCGCCUGCAGUGCCUUUGCCACUCUGGAAGAGGAGGCGUGUACAGAGUUGGUUCCCUACCUGGCCUAUAUUCUGGACACUCUGGUGUUUGCCUUCAGCAAGUACCAACACAAGAACCUGCUCAUACUGUAUGACGCUAUAGGGACGCUCGCUGACUCUGUGGGACACCACCUCAACAAGCCGGAGUACAUUCAGAUGCUGAUGCCUCCACUGAUAGCAAAGUGGAACCAGUUGAAGGAUGAAGACAAGGAUCUGUUCCCUUUACUAGAGUGCCUUUCAUCAGUAGCCACGGCUCUCCAGAGUGGUUUCCUGCCCUACUGUGAACCUGUGUACCAGCGCUGUGUAAACCUGGUGCAGAAGACCCUCGCUCAGACUAUGCUCCACCAGUCCCAGCCAGACCAGUACGAGGCCCCUGAUAAGGACUUUAUGAUUGUGGCCCUGGACCUUCUCAGUGGAUUGGCUGAAGGGUUGGGCGACAACAUCGAGCAGCUGGUCGCGCGUAGCAACAUCCUCACGCUCAUGUACCAGUGCAUGCAGGACAAAAUGCCUGAGGUGCGUCAGAGCUCCUUUGCUCUGCUGGGUGACCUGACUAAGGCUUGUUUCAUGCACGUAAAGCCGUGCAUUGCUGAUUUCAUGCCUAUAUUAGGCACUAAUCUGAACCCAGAAUUGAUAUCGGUGUGCAAUAAUGCAACAUGGGCAAUCGGAGAGAUAUCUAUACAAAUGGGAGCUGAGAUGCAACCAUACGUGGCCAUGGUGCUGCACCAGCUGGUUGAGAUCAUCAACAGGCCCAACACCCCAAAGACCCUGCUGGAGAACACAGCAAUAACAAUUGGUCGUCUUGGUUACGUUUGUCCUCAAGAGGUGGCACCGAUGCUACAGCAGUUUAUAAGACCCUGGUGUACCUCUUUACGUAACAUAAGAGACAAUGAGGAGAAAGACUCGGCAUUCCGAGGCAUCUGCACUAUGAUCAGUGUCAACCCAGGAGGAGUUGUGCAGGAUUUUAUAUUUUUUUGUGAUGCAGUGGCCUCAUGGGUAAAUCCAAAGGAUGAUCUGCGAGACAUGUUUGGCAAGAUCCUCCAUGGGUUCAAGAACCAGGUGGGCGAGGAGAACUGGGGGCGUUUCUCAGACCAGUUCCCUCUGCCUCUGAAGGAACGACUGGCAGCCUUCUACGGGGUGUAACACUUUCCAUAGGAACAGGCCUGUUCAAGGGGGUAAUUCACUAUGGGAGACGACGGAUUGGAACCUCUUAUACCCAGAGAACAUGUUACCCUUUACUGGGGGUAGGGUCUGCCAGCUGGGGAGGGAAGGGGGUGCAGACCGUGACCCCUCCUCAACCUUCUGGAUGGGCGGGGUGGGAGGGAGGUGUUAGCCAGCCGAGGCACUCACCGCCCCCCCACGCAACAGGCGAGGGGAACAUGGGGACCGGCGGGCCAAAUUUAUCAAGGGAUGAAAAAUGUAUUUAAUCAUUUCCACAUCACAAUCAGUAAUGAAAAGAUGUCAGCUUAGCUUUUUGUUUUGUCUCUUUUUUAAACAUUUUCUUUCAUCCAUGCUCUCCAGCGACGUUAAACAAAACAAAAAAUACGGGGGAAACUUUUGUUUCGUUGUGGUAAAAUCAUGGUUUUAUAUUUACAGAGGGGGUAGUGCUGAUUUGAGGAUAAACGGUCAGUGAAGAAGAGCUUUUUAAUCGAUACAUAUCGGCCGGAAAGUGUCACUCAGAGGUAGGGGGAGGGAGGGUCUUGGUGUAGAACUAGACUGGAGGAUACCAACCAUAAAAUGUAUGUAGGGGUGGUUAAAAGAAAUCAGGAAGUUGCAUGGAAAUGUUGUUAAUGGUCUCAAAGACAGCAUAGUAUCCUCAACAGCCAGGACGGCUGCUAGCCAAACAACAGCAGCGGAGGGUAUUCGAGUAAAGUAAAUGCUGAUACUAUCAUUAAUUUCAAAAAUCGAACCAGCAAGUUUUUCUUUUUUCUUUGGGAAACUGCCUCUGCAUAUCUUAGAAUAAGAAUAGCAUGUAUUUUCUUGUAGUCAUCAAAGUAAUUACAUUGAGUUAAUAAAACAUCUUGUCAGUGCAUAUUUAGAGUAAUAUCAGAGUUUAAAUCUUUAUAGGCAGGUCAGAAGUUGUUGCCUAAACCAGUCAGUCAAACGCACAUCACAGACAGAAGUGCAUAUGAUUUUUAUUUGUUGUGGUUGAAAAGUGACUUGUCUUAAAAACAGGAAAUAACUAAGUAGCAUGCUUGCGUCAAAGUUGGAAGUGAGGACAGUGGGUGUACAACGUUAGUGUGACGUCAGUGUGUGGCGUCAUCGGAUAGUUGUGGUAUUUCUUGUGUAGCCCUGUGAUGAGGUUUCUUAAACAACCAUGUAGUUUCUUGUUUUUCAGGUUUUUAUCCCUCCACCACCCCUUUGUUUACCAGAGGCUUUCCCAUCAGUGUCUAGCAUGAACCAGGUUUAGAAAACAUACAAGUCUGGGAACUACCUUUUUUAUAUUCUCAUCUAGUUGAAUCCAUCUAGCAGGGUUUUGGUUGUGAUUCUAAAAAGAGACCGUGAACACUGCUUCAUACAUGUCAUAACUUUAAGGUCAACUUUUUCAGGCUGCCUCUGUUCUGUGCUGUGGAAGUGACGUGUUCUCUGCAUGCAUGGACGUUUUACCUAGCGGCCAUAAUAUCAGACUCUUAGAUGCUUACCUGACUCAUAUUGUUUAAAAUCUCAAUUUCCAUCUUUCUCACCUUUCCCGAAAACAAAACUUUGAAUCGUGGAGACGUAUUUCUAAACUUGUCAGAGGAGGGAGGUAGGGAGCGGGGUCGAGAAAGGGCAUACAGGGCUUUGGCUGAACGUGUUCCUCCUUUGUUCCUUGAGUAUUACUACUGGGACUAUGGCACGGUCUUGAUAGCGUGUAUGUCUCUGACCUUGUUUGGUUGUCGAUCCAAAACUCAACAGCAAGCAAAUCGUUGUUUUAAAUGAUUUUUUUUUUUUCUUGUACUGUUUUUUUCUUUUCUGUUAUUGUGGCUUUGCUUUUUGUUUUAAAAGCAUGACCUUUGAGGAUGAUUGUAAUGACCGUUUUGAAUGCAGCGUACUCCAAUGCUUGAUCCCUUGCGUGUUGGUGGCCCUUUACUUCCCAAACCAUUUAGUUGACGUACAAUAUUGGACCUUGUAUCUCAUACAUACCUGCAGGAGCAUUCCCCCCUUAACCUUUUACCCGUAGCCCACAUCCAAAUGUAUUAUCUUGUUAAAUACUGUGACGCUUGACCUACUUUUUGUUCCUUUUUGUUUUGGAGUGUUAUUGUUUUUGACAGAAGUCUUGAAGUUGUUGAUUGCCUGAAUGUAUCCCAUGGUUGUCAGAGAUUGAGUAGGGGAGAAAGCAUCUUUAUGCCCAACCAACUAAUCAGAUUCACUCUGUAGGUGAGUGUAAUCAUUUUGUAGUAUUUUGUCCCCCCCUCACAAGAACAUUGGAAGCACUUGUUCAAACAGACUACACAUACACAUACUUUAGUAGACCCACACAUUUACAUACUCAUAAAGUAUUAAUUUACAGGAGACUUAUAACACUAAACACCUCAUGUAUUACUUCACUGGGUAUUCGAUAUGGUAUAGUCACUUCUAAAUAUAUAUAUAUUUUUAAACUUGUGGGUGUAUUUGACCUGUUUUUAAAUAUACGAUUCUCAAUAUCAGAAAUGCUCUAAAAGAUAAUUGGUGUAAACUAAGCCUGGAUAUGAAGUACUGCAGAUAUAGCUACAAACCCUUUCCAAAGCCAACAAACUAAGGUUGUUGUUAUUAUUAUUAUACAUUUUGUAUUAUUGUUAUUUUUUGUAACUGUGUAUUGAUGGGAGGUUUUACUCAUUGGUAACAUGUAGUUAAUGGGACAUUUUAACACUAGUAAAAAAAAAAAAAAAUGAUGGGGUAUGUCAAGUUAGCCUGGAUCCAAACUGGAUUGUUCCUUUUCACUUCACCAGGUUAAUAAGACAUCAUGGGAUAUAUGGAGGCACUUGUUUCUGUAGUUGUUUUUGUGCCAUGUCUGUUGUGUCCUG